UGUGUCCCCCCCCCGCCCUCCCAUUGACCGUCGGGGGCGGCAGCCAUGGCGGCCGGGCCUCCUCCGCCGUUGGAGCCCAGCCCGCUGCCGGUGUUCAGCGAGGAGGGCUUCGGGGACAAGUUUCUGCGCAAGACUCGCGAGAACCCUCUGGUGCCCCUCGGCUGCCUCUGCACUGUCGGCGUCCUGACUUACGGACUGAUCAGCUUCAAGAGAGGCAACACCCGGCAGUCCCAGCUGAUGAUGCGGGCACGUAUCCUGGCCCAGGGCUUCACCUUCGUGGCCCUCUUGGGAGGCAUGGUGGUCACGGCCAUGAAAUCUAGAAAAUGAAAUCAGGCAAGAGAGAAGCUGUGGCUGCGCGCUGCCAGCCUGUGCCCCACCUGGCAGGGUGGAUCCUGGCUGCGGAUGGAGUUUUCUGAGAGACAGUUGUGAUGUCUCAGUGGAGCAAGUAUCAGAGAGGCUCUGUGUUCCAGAGCGCUGGAAAUGUGGCUAAUACACCUCUGUGAUUAACCUGAAA